CUCUGUCGUCGGUCAUCGUCUAGUCCAUCGUUGCUUCUUCAACUCACCAUUCUGUGCGCUACCUCUGCAUAGUCCCUCGACCCUUCUUCCGCUCGUAAUCACCCGGUGGAUACAUCGAGCACGUUGAGUACGUCAGGCCCGUUACCUCACGCGUGCUUUCUCGAGCGCACCACGUAAUCAUCGCAGCUCGCCGCGUUAUCGCCGCAUGCCAUUAGGCAGACACGCCGCAAGCAACGACCACGACGACGAAGACCAUCCUCGCCCGCACGACUCGGACUCUCCCUCGUCUUCCUACUCGGACCUCGACGUCGACCCCACCGUAGCGCUCCUCCGUUCAGAGUCGAUUCCUCUGCGCAACAUGAUUCGUACUCCUACCCUCAAGCGCAGCCAUUCUUCGAAGCGCAUCCUGCCGCGUGACAGCGACGACGAAGAGGGUGAUGCUCAGCGAGGCAACAACAGCGACUCGCCAUCUCGGGCUCGAGCUCGAAGAUCGUUCAUGUCAUCACGCUCUCACCGCAGCUCCAUCCGCAACUCUCGCAUUCUCAGCGGCGCCGAUCAGGCCAGUCCCGAAGAGGCAGCAGCCGCAGCCUCCGAUGACGCUGCCGCCGAAGGUGGCGAGCUCACUGAAUCUCCUUGGAUGCUUGCUUUUGACGAUAGGCGCUCUGCCAAGGAGAACAAGUCGCUCGCCGUAAGCGCAGAGCUUGAUGCAAUGGGAAUGGGCCGAUACCAGUGGUUCAUCUUCUUCCUCUGCGGCCUUGGCUUCUUCAUCGACCUCCUCUGGGCUCAAGCAUUUGGCCUCAUCCUCGUGCCCCUUAAGAACGAGGGCUUCGGAGCCAUGGACGGCAACAUUGGCACCCUCACCACUGCUUUCAACGUGGGACUUACCGUAGGCGCCUUUUCGUGGGGCAUCGGCGUCGACGUCGUUGGCCGCAAGUGGUCCUUCUACCUCACUUGCCUCAUUGCUGGCAUCUUUGGCGUCGCGAGCGGUGCAGGACCCUCGUUCACCGGUCUGCGCAUCCUUGUCGCCUUCGUCGGCUUUGGCGUUGGCGGCAACAUCCCCAUCGACUGCACCAUCACACUCGAAUUCUUGCCGACUGGCCGUCACUAUCUUCUCGCACUGCUCAGCGUCUUCCAGCCCAUUGGCACCCUAGCAGCAUCAGGCAUCGCCUACGGCUUCGUGCCCCGCUACUCGUGCGGAGGAGGCAGCGCUGAGCUCAUGGCCGAUCAGCUGGCCGCUUGCACAAGGAGCGAGAAUGCUGGCUGGAGAUACACGCUUUACACCAUCGGAGCCAUCACGCUCUUCGUCUUCUUUGUACGAUUUCUAGUCUUCAAGUUCAGGGAGUCACCAGCCUACCUCAUCAACCGCGGGCACGACGCGGAGGCGCUCCAGGUCCUGUACGAGAUUGCCAAGGUCAACAAAGUUGAGAGGCCUCGCCUUGACAUGGACGACUUCCGUGAGAUCGAGCAACGCUGCAUGGAGAUUCAGACCGGCCGCAGCAGCGAUAGCGACAUGGCGUCUCGCCUGUCAGGUCUUACCCAUGACACGGCAGCCGACAAGCCUAUGCUGACCGGGACGGCAGAAGCUUCAGAUGCCAACGCCGACUCCGAUGCUGACAAGGCGGCUCAAGCAGCAAAGAGGGCUGCGCCGCCAUCCGGCGGAGCAAGCGGUACCGCAGGCGGGCGUCGUGUCUCUCCUCGAGUCUCUGCCAAGCCUGCUCCUUCAGACGAAAAGAUUGAAGAAGAUGAGACGGCGUGGCAAACUGUGUCAAGGACAUUAGGAGAGAUGGGCGCGCAGCUGCGUGGGAUCCACAUCCUGUUCAGGGACAGGGUCAUGGCCAGGAUCACCAUUUUGAUGUGGCUUACAUACAUGGCCGACUUCUUUGGCUUCACGAUCGCCGGUACCUUCUUGCCUCAGAUCCUCGCCGACCGGGGCCUCCAACAAGGUCGAGCCCUAUCCGAGACGUACCGCGACUAUGUCAUCAUCUACGCACCUGGCAUCCUUGCCUGCCUGGUUGGGUGCGCUCUCAUCGAGGUGCCUCGUGUCGGACGACAGUGGGUCAUGGUCAUCAGCUCAGCUCUCAUGGGUGUGAGUAUGUUCAUCUACACGAUCAUCGACACCGAGGCUGGCUCCGUCGGCCUCAAUGCUAUGGAGUACUUUUUCCAGUCCCUUUUCAACGCCGUCCUCUACGCCGUCGUACCCGAAUUCUACCCAAGUGCGGUGCGAGGGACAGCUGCGGGCAUCACGUCGACGCUGGGCCGCAUUGCGGGUAUCGUAGCUCCCUUGGCAGGAGACAGCCUGUACGGCCAGUAUGCGGACAUCUCAAAAGACUUGGCCGCCAGAUACACGCUGUACCUUGGCGGUGGAGUCACGCUCCUCUGCCCCAUAGCAUUGGCGCUGCUGCCCUACGACACGCGCGGCAGGAGGAGCUACUAGCAAGAGACGACCGACGAGAAGAGGGGGAGAAUAACGUAGGACUCGCAUGCAUGCAUGGAUAGAUUGAUGUUAUUCACCGUAGUACGUCGUGAUCGUCUCUUCUCUACUCUAUUUCUCUUGGCUUCGCCCACGCCCAUCCCUUACUGAAACGACAUGAAUGAUGACGAAAUGACGAG